AGGCGGGGGCGAUAAUGCUUGUAUUUUCCUUUUGACCCACAUUCAAAAGUGUCACACAAGCAUGAAGAUGUCAUGAUCGAGGGGUGACAUUUAUGCAGGAACUAAUGAGAUGCUCGAGGGGGGAUGUUUAUGAAGGAACCAAUGGGAUGCUCAAGGGUGUUCCUGUAUGCAGCCCGCAUUCACACACUAUUGGAUUUUACUGGAAACCAGACUGGAAGCGAGGGAGUGAAGAAGUGAAUGAGUUUUUGGUGGCGAGGGAGACAAAGUGAAUUAACGUUUUUUUGUGACAAUCAAUCAGCUUUGAAAUCAGCAUAUUUUGCAGUAUGGUUUGCACAAACAAAGUACUAGGGUAGUGAAUUGAUGUUGCUUCAGCUGUAAGCUAGCAAGGAACGUUAGCCUACAAUGAGUGGGCAUGAGUGGGGAGCUAACAAUGCAGCCCAGACAGCUCUAGCAAUGAAUGAGUUAGUGGAGCAGGCACUUUGCUCUUCACGCUAUGAAGGGGCUGCAUUUAUACACAGACUUGAUCCUCUCAAUCACGUGAGACACAUUUGACAGAAGUAUCAAAUGUAAUUUUUUUGUAUUGAAAUACUUACCUACGUUUUGGUAUACCGUGCAAUGCUAAGACCAAUGCAGACUGCCCAUGUUGUGUGUGGGUUGUGCAACCACUUUCGUCUAUGCCAGUCUGUGCGUGAUUAUGUGCGUUAGCUUGUUCGUAGGUUGUUGGUUGAGCAGUAAAUUGCAGAUGAACUUCCGACUGUCACUUUUGGAAAGUUACUCUGGAGAGGAAGGACAGUGGAGUAACAGCUGCUGCUAGCCACGUUGUGUUUGUAUGUUCUGUUAGACAGCUUGUCAAAGUUCUGUUCCUGGCACUUAACCAUCUUGGGUUAUUCUCCAACACACCAUCUGCUGUACAAAGACUUUUUCCAGAUAAAGCCACACACAAAAAUUGCCAGUACUCCAGAAUUGUGGAAGGUGUGUGGAGACCAUCAUGUCUUCAAAGAUGCAGAGUUCCAAUAACACUGCCCAUGCCAGGAGGACAGUCCAGCAGCUGAGAAUAGAGGCCAGCAUUGAGAGGAUUAAGGUGUCCAAGGCCUCAGCAGACCUGAUGCACUAUUGUGGAGAACAUGCUAAAUACGAUCCUCUACUCAUGGGCAUCCCAGCCUCUGAAAACCCCUUCAAAGACAAGAAGCCGUGCACUAUAUUAUAGUAGCGGGACAGCUGAAAUCUCUUUGCUUUUUUAUUUGUAUAUUAUUUUAUAGAGGGAAAUAUGACAUUAAUACCGGUACACUAUUUGCCUUAAGGCCAGCCCAGCCCCACUCCCCCUAUUGCCUUGUGCUUUCGGUUGAUUUCCAAAUGUUAUCCUUGGGCCCAUAGGGCUCUGGUAAAAAAAUGGUGCACUAUAUAGGGAAUAGGGUGCCAUUUUUGGACUCUUGUAAACAAGUGCCAUUUUGGUAGGAUCAGAAACAUUGGUGUGCUCUCUGUUCAUCAGAUACAACUAAGACCAAAUAGCACCAUGAGCCAAAAUGUAACAGGUCAUUGGUGACCCAGAAACAAUGUUUUAGUUUAGUUCAAUCAGUCAUGAAUGAAUGAAAGCUCAUUCUGAGGCUCCUCUCAACAGAGACGGGUGUUCUUUCAGAUUGUUAUCUCAUGUUAUGCAGACUAAAUACUGGCUUGGUUUGAACUAUGGGUUCCCAACUCUGUAAUGUUCACAUCAGCCAGAGCAUAAAUAAUGCCAAUGGCCCUAAAGUAUAAAGCAUUGCACUUGCACCACACUCUAGUUAAACCUUUCAGCUCCUGAUUUUGUCAUCAGUCCCCACACAGUAGCUUCUUUGGGAAACAAUCAGUCAAGUUUGUAUGGUAUAAGCCUGUAAUAACCCCAUUAUGUAAAUCACCCAGUCCCAUGACACAGGAGGACUCUAAAACCAGUGCUGAUGGGCUGGUAAGCUAUGUCUGUUUCCCAAAUGGCGCCCUAUUCCCUAUAGAGUGAACCACUUUUGAUCAGAGCCCUAUGGGCCCUGGUUAAAAUGUGUGCUCUAAAGGGAAAAGGGUGCCAUUUGGGACUCAGCCUGUGAAUGUCCCGUCACAACAGGAGAGGGUGCCUGUCGUUUUGUAAGGGAAAGCAUAUGGCUUGCAGCAAUAGCCUCAUAAACUGGCAGGUUUAACCAGCAUUGUUUUGUUUCUGCAAAGAUGUCAGAUCGUUUCAUUUUCAGGUGGUAGUACAUUUGAACUAUCCCACUAUGUCUAUGUCUUUUGUUAUGAAAGAAUGACUCUUUAAACUUUAAGACUAAUAUUUAUCUCUUGUGAAUUUGCCAUGCCUUUGCCUUACAAACUUUGUGACUUUGCAUAGUUGUCUUAUUUGUAUGUGGUACAGUAGAUAGGUAAUGUAGCAGCAAUAUAAAGUGUUGCAGAUACCAUGUAACCCUUUAAAUUAUUUUACUAUGCCUUACAUUGAUGUAAAAGUUGUUGUUCCAUAAUGAUGUCUCUACUUGGCUGAAGGAGAAGAAGUUAAGAUCACAAUCACGUUAAUCAAAUGUACAGAUGUAGGAUCAUAAUUUGAUCACCCUGUUGUUGCAGGACAUUUCCUGCACAGCAAACUUGCAGUGUAUUUGAGGUUUAAAAAGGGUUCUAACGUUUGUAAUUUCCACUUUAAAAUGUCAGAUUUGAUUAAAAAUGUAUCAAAAAUGUCCAUUAACUAUAAUCCACAUAAUAAUUCACAUUUCCUGUUGCUGCAGGAUUAUUUUCCUGCUGUGAAAAACUGUUCAAAUUAAGAUCCUACAUCUGUACCAGCACCAGAGGAAACUGGGUGCUAAUCUGUUUGUGCUAUCAUGCCAACUCCUUCACUCAUUGUAGUGGCAAACAAAGAUAAAAACUGGCUUGACAAGGACAUCAAUGGAGAGCACAAGAGCACAAACAGAUCUGGUACCAAGCUAGAAAUGUAAAGGUUUUCUGAUAUGUAUUUUAUUGCCAGUGCUUUUAAAGUGUUUCACUGUAAUACAUUUUUAUUGAUAGAUGUACAACUUCUAUUCUGACAGGGAUUCUGUGAUCCAUCAUGACAUUUGUGACAACUGUUAUUAUGAUCUCUUCUUGAGUGUGAACAUUCCAUGUUUACAAUAGCUGCUCCAUUGUCUUCUUUUCAACUCUCAGAAUGGUCAUGCGUUGAAUAAUAAUUGUUAUUGUGUGUUUGGGAGAAUGUUUUUUUUGUCUGUGCACGUGACUGUCAAAAGCAACUCGGAGACCAUGGUUGUGUUCAUUGGGGCGGACAAGAGCAAAACCGAAAACUAAAACAAUUAGACAAGUUCAGGUAGUACAUCCCUGGCUCGCUUCGUUUUCUACCUAAUGAACAUGACCCAGUUUAACCAGCCAGGGCCUUAGUAUUAAAGUAGUCUCGUUUCGACAUCUCACCACUACUUUUUAGCCACACUCCUCAAACAACACUAUACUAAUACCGUGAACAACUGAAUCAAUACAUCCCCAGUGGAUGCAGGGAGCACAUCUUUGAAGUGCUUGUCGCUAUUCAUCUGUCCGUAUCAUUAUUGGCAAUACAAUAAGUUGCUAUUAUACCUGUGGGUUAAAGCCUAUAAUUACUAUAAACUGCUAUAUAGAGAGACAGAUGGCAGCACCAACUGAAACGUCCCCUCAUAGUAGGCUAUUUGCCUCCAUAUUCUGUGUAAUCUUAGCAACCUACAAUCGAAAAUCUCACGUAAAAUACUAUUUACGUUACAUAGUCUGUCCACAAGAGAUUAUUUUCUGUGUGGCUUUGAAAGCUAGCUUAAAGUUGCGUGUUCCUGUAUGAUGUUUUUCUGCACUUGCUUCUUCUCACUGUUAUGUCACUGCAUAUACAUUUACAAUAAAAGGCCUAUGCUAUUUUGA